ACGGAGCUGUGCCAAACAAAGCUGACAGAAGACCAAUCAACAAUUAUGGAUUUUAAUUUAUGGAGAUAAAAGGGAAGAAAACACAAUCAAAUAUGUUACGUCAUAGCUUUCUAACUUUACCGUAGUCUGGAGGACGGUAGGCUACCGCCCACACACAUCACAAGAUUAAUGAGGACUAUUGUUGAAUGCUCCUUCGCUGCAGGCUACAUUGAGACAGCGCCGCCCACCACGCGCUUUGGAGGGGUCUUAACAAAGAGCUAGUCCGAAUUACUGUUCGGUAGAGAGCGUAUGGCGAAGAGUGUUUUUCCAAGAGUUUGUGUCGAAAAAAGUGUCUGUCUGACGGAGUUUCUGUGAUUGUGUGAAGAUGUCUAAGGCCCAAAUGCUGAGAGAGUCGGUGAAGCAGCGACUAACCGCGGCUGCUGAAGAGAUAUUUGGGCUGUUUGAAAGAACGAUAGCAGAGUACGAGGAGGAACGGUGUCGGUCAAAAGAGGAGAACGAGCGACAACGGAAACUUCUGGACUCUGUUUUCACCCCUCAGCUUCGGUUACAAAGGACAGAUGUCCAUCAGCUGUCGGCGAGUGAGGAAAUUAAAGAGAAACAGGGGACAAGGGGGCUUCAAGGGCUGGAGGAGGCUGACAUCACCAAGUUCCCAUUACAUUUACAACAAGAUACCGAAGAGCAGGCUGGAGACUCUUCUGAACCUGAGAUGGAUCACAGCGGUGAGUGUAAGGAGACCGGAGAAGCUCAGUCAGGUCUAAACUCCUUGAAAAAGGAUGACGUUCCUGUCAGUGAUUCAAGAUGUAGUACUGGUGAGAAACAAUUCAGCUGCUCCAAGUGUAGAAAAAGAUUUGGCUUCAAGUCAAAUCUGAAGAGACACAUGAGAACCCACAGAGUAAGGAAACCUUUGAAGGACUGUAAAGGACAAGAACCAGCCAGGAAGUUGGAUCCAGAUAGACAUCCAGAACCACAUACUGACCAGGCUGGAGACUCUUCUGAACCUGAGACUGAUGACAGUGAGGAUCAGGAGGAGACCAGAGAAGCUCAGUCGGCUUUAAAGUCUCUGAAAAAGGACGACGUUCCUGUCAGUGAUACCAGAUGUAGUACUGGUGAGGAACAAUUUAGCUGCUCUAAAUGUACCAAAAGAUAUGGCAGCAAGAGAUCUCUGAAGAGACACAUGAGAACCCACACAGGAGAGAGACCUUUCAGCUGCAGUGUUAGUGACCAAAGAUCCACUAGGCUCCAGCAGCUCAGAAACCAUCAGCUUGUCGGUUGUCAGCCCUCACAGCUUCAUCAGAGACCAACUGAACAGAUGGAAACAGAAGCUGAUGGAGAGGACUGUGGAGGACCAGAACCAGCCAGGAAAUCAGAUCCAGAUAGACAUCCAGAACCAGAAACUGAUGACAAGACUGGAGACUCUUCUGAACCUGAGACUGAUGACAGUGAGGAUCAGGAGGAGACCAGAGAAGCUCAUUCAGCUUUAAAGUCUUUGGAAAACGACGACGUUCCUGUCAGUGAUACCAGAUGUAGUACUGGUGAUGAACAAUUUAGCUGCUCUAAGUGUGCCAAAAGAUAUGGCAGCAAGAGCUCUCUGAAGAGACACAUGAGAACACACUCAGGAUUGAAAUAUGUCCGUUGCUCAGUUUGUAAGAAAGGUUUUCUGCGGGAAAGCCAUUUGCAGAGACACAUGAUAACCCACACAGGAGAGAAAGCUUUCAGCUGCUCAGUUUGUAAGAAAGCUUUUGGAUAUAAAGCUACUUUACAGAAACACAUGACAACCCACACAGGAGAGAAAAGAUUCAGCUGCUCAGUUUGUAAGAAAUGUUUUGCAUGGAGUUGUAGUUUAAAGAGGCACCUGAGAACUCACAAAGGAAAGAAAAGACUCGGGUGAAAUGUUUAAGACCAAAGAUCCACUUGGCUCCAUCAGCAACAAACGGAACAGAUGGAAGCAGAAGCUGAUGGAGAAAUCUGAUCCACAUAGACAUCCAGAACCAGAAACUGAUGACAAGACUGGAGACUCUUCUGAACCUGAGACUGAUAGACCGUGAGGAUUGAAAGGACACUUUGAAUAACACGUAUUACUGGCUGAGCGUGGAAAAGACUUCAACAAAAGAUUCACCAGGCAGUCACAUGUCAGAUAUCAGAACUAUGUUUUUGACAGCAGUACAACUACUGGUUCAGAUGAAAGUUUCUGCGGUGAUCAAACUCUGGAUUAAGAGAACACAUUACAGAAAGCAGUCCUCUCUCCUCAAGACCCAAGCCAGAGUUCCUUUUUUUUUUUUUUUAAAGAUUUUUUUUCCCGGGGCAUUUUAGGCCUUUAAUUCCACAGGACAGAUGAAAACAUGAAAGUGGAGAGAGAGAGGGGGAACGACAUGCAGCAAAGGGCUGCAGGUCAGAGCCGAACCUGCGGCCUCCGCGUCAAGGAGUACACCCCCAUAUACAGAGUGUGCGCCUGCUCCCCCAACUGAGCUAACCCGGCCACCCAAGCCAGGUUCCUGUGUCUCGCUUGCUACCUGCUGGUUAAAAAAAAAAAAAAAAAGGGAAGGGGGUUAGCCCCAGAGAUAGCAACAACUUCAGCUCAGGCUCACUAACUUAAGGUGGGGUGGCUUUAAGGUGGACCAGCUAUUAGUGACAAGCCUUUCCUCCAAGUUUUUCAUCCGUGAUCUCUCCCUCACCAACAAGCCUACAAGUUAUAAAAGUGUCCCAAAACUAUAUGGUCCCCAUACGGACCAAAGUAUGGUGGUGGACUGGUAGCUGGAGAGGUGCCAGUUCACCUCCUGGGCACUGCCAAGGUGCUCUUGAGCAAGGUACUGACUCCUCAGGGCGCCUUUCCUGACUAUUGACUAUUAUUGUAUUUCUUCUUGUGCAUCACUUUGUAUCAUUGUUUAGAAAAUGAAAUGUCUUACUGGAUGUAGCAGGUGUAAACAGUAAAAGUCUGCGUGGAAAUGUCUGUCCUUUUGACAGGUUACAGCAACCUGGCCUUUUGCACCCCAAAACAUGAAUGAGUCCUGAAGAAAAAGUAAUUUGCUGAGUCAUUCAGCAGAAGCAACAAUAGAUAUUAAAGACAUGAUAAGCCUAGGGCUUUUACCUAUCCCUUAUUGAACGGGUCGAGCGUUAUAUUGACAUUUGUUUUUUUGUUUAUACAUUUUAUAUCCAGUAUUUCUUCUAAUCAUUCGGGGGAAAAAAAUUAUUCAUUGAUGUCUGUGAGGCAAUCAAGUUGUUCAGAUUUCUUUUCAGGAAGAUUUUAUUAUUUAUAAUUUGGGGCUGUUUUUACAGGAACAUCUAAAAACGUGUCAUUCUUAACCACCAUGACGCUUUCAGUGUCUCUAAUACAGGUUUUCAAUACAUGUCAAGUUCAGUUGUAGAAUUUAAAUAACCUUCCUUAAUGACAUCUCUUUUUUUUAUAAUCUUAGGGACUCAUUUUUUAUGUUAACUCUACAAGAUGCUGUGCUGUACAAAUUUAAGGGGAACUUGUACUUUGAGUCUUUUCUUUUCAUGCCACUUUCUACUUCUACUCCACUACAUUUCAGAGAGAAAUAUUGUACUUUGUACUCCACUGUGUUAACUUGACAGCUUUAGUUCCUAGUUACUUUACACAUUAAGAUUUUUGCACACAAAACACAUUUUACACAGUUCAUGAAAUACCAUGUUUUAUUGUUGUUUUGCUGGUUAGACCAUUAAACACAGAACGGUUUUGAUCGUGUUCAGUUUUUUACAUGUGAGGUUUUUUUCCUGCAUGGAGUACUUUUACUUUUAAUACUUUAAGUACAUUUCCUGAUGCU